UGCACCACCUGUGAAAGGCUCCAUUAGGGCAACUGUGAUGCUCUGGUUGAUACAGAAGUGUUCAGAACUGAACAGUUAGCACUGAAUAGUAUCUGAAGGGACGGUGUCAAGGGGAUGAGCCUAAACUCUUUGCAAUAGUCCUGUGCGAAAGGGCAAGAGGCAAUGGGCACAAACUGAAACACAGGAAGUUCUGCCUGAAUAUGAGGGGGAAUUUCUUUAUUGUGAGAAUGACAGAGCACUGGAACAGGUUGCCCAGAGAGGUUGUGGAGUCUCCUCCUCUGGAGCAGCCUGGAUGCAACCCUGUCUAACAUGCACUAGGUGACCCUGCUUGGGCAGGGAGGUUGGACUAGAUGAUCUCCAGAGGUCCGUUCCAACCUUACCCAUUCUGUGAACAGUGGCAGAGGACUUUGAGUGUUAGUACAGUGUCGGUACAAGUGUGCAUGUUUCAGCAGAUUUAGUGUCUUCUCAUGAAAAAACAGAAUGGAGAUCUGUCUCUAGGGUUGUCCAUAAUAUUUCACAGUUAAAUCUAAAUUUGUGCUUCAAAACACUUUUUUUUUUGGUCACAAUCUACUUCAUUUCUGUAAUAGGCUAAAGCAGCUGUUAUUAAUUGACCUAAUUUUCACAGAAGCAUGAAACAAUUUACAUUGAAAGGGAACCCCAGAGAUAAUCUGGUCCAGCUACCUGCUCAAAGCAUAUAUAAUUACAAAUACCUGCACUUUUAUGGUCUUAAUAUAAACCAAAAAUCCAUUUCAAGCAGAGGGCAAGUGUGAUCAACUUCCCUCAGGCUGUAAUUUCACAGUGAUGAGCAGUGGAAAAUAGGUGUUUGUAAUGGGAAACUUUUAGCUAGUCCUAUGGGCAGGAGAAGCGUUUAACCACUUUCCUAGCCCUUAGGUCUGUGAAACUGAGCUGGGUUGUAGUUUUCCUGCACACAGCAUAGACAGUUAUUAAUCACCAUAAUCUCAUUUGGCCAGAGUUACACUCAUAGCUGCAGAGACACUGCAGCUGAAGCUCUGAACACAGUGGGUUGUCCAGGUGUGAUGAAAGCAUAAUACAGCAUGCUGAUUACAGCUCUGCUUGGUGCACAAAGAGGAGCUUAGAUGGAGCAUGUGGGGUUAAAAGUUUAGAAAAUACCAUCUUUAACUUUUAAAUUAGGUAUACUUUACCCAGAAACUUAUUCUGCCACACACAAAACACUUUUUCAAGAAGCUAGGUAUUUAUAACUUUUUAUUUGAGAUAGUCAUCCUUCAUUGCCUUUAGUGAAGCUCAGAAUGCAGUUCAGCUGGCUAGAUAGAGUAGGUAGAGGCACCUGGAUGAGAGCAGAUUGAACUGUGCUCUGAAUGCCUUUGCUUAGAUCUCUGUUGCUUUUAAGAGGGGUACAGGGUCAUUUCCUCAGAUGCAGAGAGCUGUAUGGUAAUUCUCCAUAUUUGGUGAUGAAUGUGGUUUUAUUCACUUCUAACCAGGCUGUUCAGUUUGCUUGUUCUCUUCACAGUAAAUACAGUGCUUCAGUCUCGGAUGAUGUCUUCUGUCAUGUAGCGGUUGUUCCCAGGAGAGCUGGUUAACUCAUCUCUUGUAGCCACAGACUGAGAGCCCUACAAGCUCUCUGCAUUAAUCACAAAGCAGAUCAGCUGCAUGUGACUACUGAUUUCCUUUCAUCAGUAAGUGCUGCUCAGGCUGCAAUGUCCCAAUGGAAUCUAGAUGGAAUUACAUUAGAGACUUCCUCUGUAAUGAUCACCAGUUGGAAUAUGCCUGUAUUUCCCCCAAGAACAUGCAUUUCUUAUAUGUCAAUGUUGAUUUUCAUGAAGAGAACUAAGAAAGGAUGUAGACAUAUUGUUAGUCUCUCUUCCAGCUGUAUUUGAGCUUGUACUUUGGGUUGCAUCUCUUGGAGAGAGAUUGUUCAUGAGUUUCCAUGAGAUACCUCUCUGAUGAAAGAAGGCUUCAUCAAACCACAUCUUUUGGAGAAUACUUGAGGAGGCCAACUUUUAUAGUGCAUCCAUAGGAAGGGUCUCCACUACAGCCUUUCACCACACAGGAGACAGACUGAAGAUGUAGGCAGCUGGCAAAUGUGCAAGCAAUGAAGAGGUGUUCUGAGGUUGACAGUGCUUUUUAUAGUAUUUGCAUUUUCUGGGAAGGGCAUAAGAAGGAAGAUAAACAAGAGAUGGUUGUGGCAAGCCGAGAAAUAGCUGUAGCUGGCCAAGAUGUUCCAAAGAGAAGAUCACUGAAAAAAGGUCUUCAGGCUCCAGCAGCCACCAGCUGAUUAAUUUGCAGCAGUGUGGGUGUCGCCAUGAGGAUGAGCAGGUGUUCCAUCUGCACUGUAGCUUGGCUUUUGGUCCUGCUGGGUGAACACCAGAGAGAGCUCAAUAUUAAAGCAGAGCACAUGUUUUAAGAGAGCUGACAAGCCAUUUUCUGUAAAUACAUGCAUCUGUGUAAGAGUAUUCCAAAUCCAGGGGUCUCUGUGGCACUGCAUGUGUGUAAGAACUGUUGUAGGUGUGGAGUUACCCUCUGCUUUUUGAGAGAUGAUGCUCCGACGAGGAUUUAUUGUAUUUCUUCCCCGGCUCGCAGGUCUGUUGGUGGUGGCCUGUUGCUCUGUGUCUAUCGUUUAUAUGUUGGCUUGCACACCCAAGGGCGACGAUGAGCAGCUUGCCUUGCCUAGGGUCCAUAGUCCGACUGGCAAGGAGGGAUAUGAAGCUGUUCUGCAAGAGCGAGAAGAGCAGCACCGCAACUAUAUCAUCAGCUUGAAAAAACAAAUUGCCCAGCUGAAGGCUGAGCUCCAGGGCAGAAACGAGCAGCUCAGGAAUGCGCAGGACCAGUUACCGGACUCUUUGAACAUUCGACUUGACCACAGCAGUCCAGCGAAGGUCCAGGCUAACCUGCUGGCUUUCCUCCGUUCCCAAAUAGACAAAGCCGAGGUGCACAGUGGCGUUAAGCUGUCCACAGAAUAUGCAGCCGUGCCCUUUGAGAGCUUUACCCUGCAGAAGGUGUACCAACUGGAAACAGGGCUGACACGCCACCCAGAAGAGAAACCUGUCAGGAAGGACAAGCGAGAUGAGUUGAUAGAGGUGAUCGAGUUAGCCAUUGGGAGUUUGAACAAUCCAGAGGCAGACAGCAAUGCAAAUCAGCGGGUGUACACAGCCUCUGACUUCAUUGAAGGGAUCUACCGCACAGAAAAAGACAAAGGCACAUUGUAUGAGCUGACUUUCAAAGGAGACACAAAACACCAAUUCAAGAAGAUUGUUUUAUUCCGGCCAUUCGGUCCUGUAAUGAAAGUGAAAAAAGAAAAUGUCAAUAUGGCUGACACACUUAUUAAUGUCAUUGUCCCAUUGGCCAAGAGAGCCAGCAAAUUUCGACAGUUCAUGCAGAACUUCAGGGAAAUUGGCAUUCAGCAGGAUGGGAGAAUUCACCUCACUGUAGUUUACUUUGGAAAAGAACAAAUGAAUGAAGUCAAAUCUAUACUUGAAAAUACUUCCAAAUCAGCCAACUUCAAGAACUUCACCUUCAUCCAGCUGAAUGAAGAAUUUUCAAGAGGAAAAGGAUUAGACAUUGGUGCUCGAGUCUGGAAAGGAAACAAUGUUGUUCUCUUUUUUUGUGAUGUGGACAUAUACUUCACAGCUGAAUUCCUGAACUCCUGUAGAUUGAACACACAGCCAGGGAAGAAAGUGUUUUAUCCUGUUCUCUUCAGCCAGUAUAACCCCAGUAUAAUUUAUGGCCAUCAUGAUUCCAUCCCAUCCUUAGAACAGCAGCUGGUUAUUAAAAAAGAAACCGGAUUUUGGAGAGACUUCGGGUUUGGGAUGACUUGCCAGUACAGAUCUGAUUUUAUCAACAUAGGUGGCUUUGAUCUGGACAUUAAAGGCUGGGGCGGAGAAGAUGUGCAUCUGUACCGCAAAUACCUUCACAGCAACCUUAUUGUGAUCAGAACACCUGUCAGGGGUCUCUUCCAUCUCUGGCAUGAAAAGCGAUGUCUAGACGAGCUGACCCCAGAACAGUACAAAAUGUGCAUGCAGUCCAAGGCCAUGAACGAGGCUUCUCAUGGCCAGCUAGGGAUGCUUGUUUUCAGGCAAGAGAUUGAGACUCACCUACACAGGCAGAAGCUGAGCAGUAAAAAGACAUGAACCCAGAAAGAAAGGCAAAAUACCUGCAAAUGGACUUCAGGGUGUUUUGGAAAAGAGCUGCUAACAAGAAUGAGACUGAAAGAGGAUGAAUCUUCCAGCAGGCUGAUGGCAAAGGAAGACAAGGGAAAGUGUUUAUCCUUUCUUCUUCUGGGUUUUCUUACUAGGGCUUUUAAGAACUCCAUUAGCCUGUCUGUCCAGAAGUCAUUCCUGGGGAAGGCUUGAAUACUUGAGGAGUUUCAAGGUUACAGAAACAAUGAACGUUACAUAAAUGCCAGUGUUCUUUGCAGUAACAAAUGGAUGUGCUCUGUUCUAUUGAAAUGAUUGUAAGAUGUGUACAGUUGUUUAAAGUAUGUACCUUUAAAAGAGCCAAUAAUAAGGAGUUAAUAAGUGUCUAACCUGACAUAUCUAGAAAGGGCUACUUUCAAAUAAGUACAGAGCUCCUUCUCUGAGAAGCAGAGCUCUGAUUGUUACAAUGGUUAAACUGGAGCAAUCAAAAUUUUGUUUUCCUUAAAGGUGUGAGGAACAGCCACAAUGCACUUACAGGUUAUUCCUAGUUCAUUCAGAGACAAGUGGUGUCUCAGAAAGUGCUUUCUAAAAUUCAGAAAAAGAAGGACCUUCCAGUCAAGUGUGACAUUCCAAAAGGCAGACGGUAGUGUUCAUUCUCUGCUGUGGACAGUGAACUAAAAGUAAUGAGCCAUGUCUAUAUCAA